AAUGCCGUUCGCGGACUAAGUAGAGUUCUCGAUCAGCGUGGUGGUCAAACCGACCGGCCGGUGCGCAGGGAGCUAUGCGACCAGCUUAUACGGCUUUUUACCACUUCAAAUCGCGACAACCACAUUGACAGGGUUACACGGUGAUUUGAAUUGAAUUACUUGAAGAGAAUGCGAAGAGCAAGAAUUAGUAUUAAACCAAAUGUCAGGCCAGGAGGUCGAAGUGUGGCACCCGUAGCUGAGGACAGGAGCUCCCAAGGGUCCACAACUGUUGAUGACACCCAUCAAAAGCUGUCAUCUCCUCCACAGUCUCAGGUGGAAGGCAAAGAGUCUGCUGUGGCAACAGGAGAUGGAAAUGUGCCCGGCUCUCCAUCAGAGAAAGCAUCACUGAACAUUAAUGAUGGAGCGCCAUCUAGUGUCAGCACACCUGCAACUACAGUACUUCAGAAGAGGAGCAGGUUCUCUGCCACACCAAACCUGGCCAGACCCAAAGUCCGUUCUGCUCCUCCAUCCACUGGUUCUCUUCCAUCAGAGCCAUCCAAGAUAUCAUCCCCUUUUCAGGCAGCCGAUUCUUUAACUCAGUCCCCUAUCCCAGUUGCUAUCAGCAGAGAUGAUUCACAACAAUCUACAUUCACAGAUGCCGCUACAGCAGCUAACUGCCCUGCAUCCUCACUGUGUCUUCCAUCCACAUCUGGCUGUCCAGAAUCACCAUCAUCAACACCGUCACAACAAGAGCCUUGUAGAACUACCAAAAAAAUCCCAAAUGAGGAUUUCGGGCCUCAAGAAGGAGCCACUCCAAUUUCAUGCACACUCUCAUCGUAUGUCAAACUGACUCGUGUUGAUGGACCAGACUCUCCUCUCAGGAACCAAAUUUCUUCAGACAAGCAGCAGGUCUUGAGGACCCUCAAACUGAAAGAACUGAUGAAGCUGGAGAGGAAGAAAGAAAGAAUGGAGAAGAAGAGUAGACAGCAUAAACGUGAGCAUUGCAUUGAGCCAGAUCGUGACAAAAUGACCUUAGCUGACUUCAUUUAUUACCUGCCAGAGUCAAACCCUAUGAAGUCCUCCCUUUCCACAGAGGAGACUCAAACACAGAUCACUGCUCCCCCAAAUCCCACGGUGCAGAAAAAUAUGGCAGACGCAGACGAGGGGGAGGAGGAGGAAGAUGAUGAUGAUGAUGAUGAUGUUGAUGCUGAUGAGGAACUGCUUGCUCCCAAAGUCAAGGUGGCAGAAGAUGGCUCACUGAUUUUAGAUGAAGAAAGUUUGACAGUCCGCGUUCAAAGGACAUCGGAUACAGUUGUGGAGAAUGCAAAUCCACUGUUUGAGCGAGGCUCUACCACAACAUACACAAGUUUCAGGAAAAAAUGGCAUGUGAAAAAUUGGUCUGUCAGAGAAACGGAUAUGUUCUAUUUGGCCAUUAGUAUGGUGGGAACAGACUUCUCCAUGAUUGCUCAGCUGUUGACUCACCGUAGCAGAGCAGAAAUUAAGAAUAAAUUUAGGAAUGAGGAGAGAGCGAAUUCAUGGCGAGUAGAUAAAGCUUUCAGAAAUAAGCGACCAUAUGACAGCAAGCUUUUCAGUUUCCUGCUGAAGAGGGUCUUGGCUAAAGACAAACAAAAGGGCAAAUCCAUAAAACAGGUUGUGAAAUCAAAGAAAAGCAAAGGUGGUGAAAAAUCCAAACACCUUGAGGACAAAGACUCAAUUAAUGAUGAUGAAGAUGAUGAAUUGUGCAGUGUGGACAGUGUCUGUUUUGAUUUAGAAAAGGAGAAUGAGGACAGCAGUAAUAUGAAUGAAGCAGAUGUGUCAUCAAGUACAAGCAAGAAGCGUAAACGCACAAAAGACACUGAGCCAAAAGUGUUAUGUGAGAAAGUGUCCAAGCAAAGGAAGAAAAACAAGACACCGAAAAAAGUGCUGAAUGAAGGAGAAAAUGGCACAGGGAAUGCUGACCAUAACGAGGAAUCUGCCAUCCAAACUACAAAACGGAAACGCUCUAAAAAGUGCGAGAAGGAAGAACAGGAACCUACAAAAUGUAAUUGGAAGUCUAAAAAGAGCAAAACAUCACAGCAAGAGUGUACUGGAUCUGAGCUGUGUGCUGACUGUAGUGAAGUCCCCAGUGCUGAAGAUGAUCAAGGGGAGAAGCUCUGUGCAGAGAGAGCAACUAAGGAAGAGGUUUCACAUAGCUCCUCCAAACAUUCAAAAAGGGCCAAUUUCGCAAAAAGAAAAUCCAAAAAACGUUCAGAGCCAAAAGCAACAGUCGAGAUUGAGGAUACAGCAGAAGAAUGUCAAGAUAAGAGCUGCAGCGAAGUAGAGAAUGAGUUGAGGAUCAUCCGUCUUGCAAAAGAACAGCUCCAGAAUCAGCCAAUAGUUGUUCUGCAAAGGACUCCUCUGAGGCUAAAAGAUUCACACAGCUCAUCUGUAAGCCAAGACCAACUACAGUCCUCCAAGAGCCUGCAGCAUUCUCCUGGACGGCAGAUGAGAGCGGAAAAGGUCAAAUGCAAUCUGACUGCUUCUGGUGAUGGUAGUGAAGUCUCGACAGCAGUCCCUGGUGUUAAAGAGGAUCAGGGUGUGAAGCUCGUUCCAGAGAGCUCAGCUAAGGAGGAGAUUUCACAAAGCUCCCUCAAACGUCCUCCUGGGCAGCAGACGAGAGCAGACAAGGUCAAGCACAAUCUGACUGCUUCAGAAGGGGAUCAGAUAGACCAAUGUCAUACUGGCUCACAUCCAUCACCAGAGGACAUGAGCAGCACUAUCAUGCCGAAUCAACUGAGUGUCCAGGACUCUAAAGAGAUGGAGGCUGAUCAACGCAUGGAGGAGGAUUUAAAUUUACAUCAUUUAGAGUUUCUAACUCCAUCUGAAAUAAAUGGUCAGAAAUCACUGAGAAGAGCAGUUGUGUUGGUGUCUAAUGACGUAGUGAAGCACUACCUCAGGAUUCAAGCACAAACCACAGCAGAGGAAUCAACAACCUCUGAGAGUCAGCGGGAUACGGCACCUGCCAGAGGCCAUCAUGUGGGACAGCAUAGGGAUGGUCUUGAUGAACUCGGCUCCUCUAGUGAUGUUCUAGAAGAGAGGAUCUCUCAAGAUCAAGAUGUGAAGGAAACCGACACUGCCUGCGUUUCCGCCCAACUAAGCAUCGCUGAAAAAAGGAGAAGGUUUUCCAAGAUCAAACCCAGUCGGAGCCUGGCAGCACAGUCCAUCCACAGACCUCUGAAUGAAAAGACCCCGUCUGUCAAACGUGACUCAACGCUGCUGCAAUGUAGCAGUCCUGUGGAAGUCCAAGUGAAGAUGGCUCAAAACAAAUGUCUUGUUGAAGAGCACAGGGACUGUCCUGAGGAAGAGCUUACAUGUGGAGUUACUCCAGAAGUGAGCGGCCCUCAGGGUGUUAAGAAUGAUGACGCAGAAACCACAGUAGAUGGUAUUCCUUCCUUAACAUCAGCUGUGAGUAAAACAGAGGAGCAGGAGAUCGACCCCUUCCUUGAGAAGUCUCUGGUUCCUGACACCAAACCGUCAGACAAAGAUGAGCCUGAAAGAAGAGGUGAAUUUAAAAGGUCUCCAUCUCGGCUGUCUGAGAAUGAAGAUCGAAUUACUGAUCGGGAGGAACAGGAUUCAGAGGCUGUUGAGUCUGAAGUCACAGACACUAUGAUUGAGGAACCUCAGACAGAGCUGAAGAGGAUUAUUCCAGUCAGCUGUUCUGCUGAUGGUUCCUCAGUUUAUGCUCAAGGCAGAAUUGCCCCAGAGAGACGCGGUCAGUUUGAUGAGCAAACACCCACCAACCUGGAAGGGGCAUCUCUGGUCAUGGUAAACCCUCAACAGACCUCAGAGCCUAAUGAAGAUCCUGCUGAGAAGGCUGAACAUAAGAGUCCUGUUAAAGCCAAGCAUAGUGAUUUGGAUCAUGACAAAGAGAAGAUCUCCAGAGAAGAUAAGCUUCUGUCAUCUGAAGGAAAUUCACAGGAACAUAAACAGGAUGAGGAUCUUCUGUCCCCUGUCCCAUUACUUGGCUUAAAACAAACUACAGCCGCAAAAGUUCUUGUGGGCGGCAUUGGUAAAGGAAACAAAGAACAAAAUGAGCCAGUUCUCAGUGAUCCUUCACCUGCACUAUUUGAAGCGGUUUCAUCUUUUUCUUAUCCUCCAAACGAACCUGCAAGCAACCUUUGUGAUAUGGACAUGAUGCAGUUUAGUGAGUCUGCAGCUGAAGACGUUCAAAUACCAUAUGAGCAGGAGUCAGAAAGUCAAGACGGCACAGAAGAGCCAUCAGAAGCUUCUGAGGAAUGCAGUGUCUCUCUAAAUGAAAAUGCAAAAUCUGAAAUUUCAGAUUCAGCUGGAGUGGAUACAUGUGCAAUUGAUAAACAUUCUGAGGAGGAACCCACAUUUAUUUUAACUCUAUAUGAGAUUCCAGUCUCUGGGCAGCAGGACACUCCUCCUUAUGAACUUCAGCCAGUCCAGACACCUUUGCUUUUCUCAAGCAGUUCACAUUCUCUUUCCUUCACAUUAGAGCCAUCCAGUGCAUCUCUGAACAUGGCGUCUGAAGAGACCGAUAAUCUAUGUAAAAGUAGUUCUCGCAAGGUGGUGGAUGACGCCCUGGAUCCUUUUUCAAAGGAAGCACUAUUGAUAUCCUCACUGGAAAGCAGUUGUGAUGAUGUGAACUCUAUAAUUAGUCCACCCGAGAUGUUCUCUUGUAAUUCUGCCACGUCGAUGCAUGUGCUGAAGUUGGAUGAGUUCCUGACAGAGUCCCCAGAAACUAAAGCAUCUUCUCAAAGGAGAUGCAAGAUUAAGGUCAAGCCAAAACUAAAGCCAUGUGUGAAGGUCAGGCCUUCAAAAAAUGGCCAGUUUGACUUUGUAUCCAGUCAGAAUCUACCAACAUCUCAAGCCACAGCACAAACUGAGAUUGAGCUCCAAAUACCUGAGGGCUUAUCUGUAUGUCUUACAGAGAGUGAGAAAUCUCUUCCUUCAGUUAUUGACCAAGAAGACCAAAUGGCAGAUAUUUCUAAAAAGCCUGAUACUUGCAGAGAGGCAUCAUGUGUGUCAUCAUCUGCAUCUCAAGAGAAGACUAUGCCCUUGAGGAGAGGCAAGUUGCAAGUGAAGUAUAAAAUCCCAAAAACAACAUCUACUGAAGACGAUUGCUCUCGACAGAAUCGAUCUGACUUUGGCUAUAAUGAUUCAGCCACAACUCAGAUCAUUUCACCAGAACCUCUGAUUAAAGAACAAACCAUUAAAGUGGAACAGAGAUCCGAGCAAGAAGAUUUCUCUGAUAUUCCAAUUGAGGAAUCAGAUGGAGUGCCUGCUGGGAUUGCUUCAUCCUCACAACCAUUCAACAUUGUAAAAUCAACAGCAUGCACUGAAUUGCAUCCAGUGGAACUGAAAAUAGAGGGUAGGCACGAGGAUGUGUCACACGUGGUGUUGCCUGAUAUAUUGGUGCCAGUUUCUGCUGAAAUGGAAAAUGGUGAUCAUAUGGCGAAUGCAAGUUCUGAACAACGCAGUCUGCAAUUGGGUGAAGAGAGCCAGCAGACUGUCGCUGCAGAAGCAGACCAGGAGGUGCAUUCGCAUGAGGUCGUUUCACACAUGCUGCUGACUGAUAUGUUGAUCCCCGUCUGUGAGAAAACAGAAGAUGAUUUAAGCAAAGAACGGACAACAGCUGGACAGAAAAGUCCUCAUGAGGAAGGAAGACCUCCGGUGAGAGAGGAUCCAGAUACAGCAGACCUGUUCAGUCAAGUGUCACAAUCAUCAAACGUGGGACCAUCAGUAUCACCCAAGAGGAAAAGACGCACUCAGAGGAAAGGCAAGUUAUUGGUAAAGAUGACGUUUCCCAAAAGAAAGACUAGAGAUUCCCCUAAGAGUGGUGAGCAAUCACACACCGGUCCUCUAUCAAUCUUAAUGUCGGAGUCAACACAAUGCAGUGCUGAGACAUGUGCUGACCUGUUGCCCACUGGCUCGGAGGACCAUGAGGAAGCAUCUGGAGGCACACUUUGUCCAAUGCCUAAACUGUCAAAAAGAAAAGAUGAUCCUCCAGAAAAUGACCUUGGUCAGCCCAGCUCUACACAGACCUCUUUAGCUACACACAGGCAGUCCCUGGACCCUCAAGCUGCGGAAUGGUCUCUCAGAAGCAAUAUGCUGCCCAUGGACUCGGAUGAGAUGGAGAACUGGUGUGAAGGAGUUUCCCACAUGUUGCUCUCAGAUGCAUUUGUGCCCGUUUCUGAAGAGACUGGAGAGAACAGCACAGAGCUAAAAGUGUUUAUCUUAAGCAGUCCUCAUAAGCAUGAGCAAAUCACGCUUGGUCCGACAAAGAGUGAGGAGACGCCCUCUGAAAUUUCAAGUGAUGUACACCAAUUAAACACGAAUUCUGACAUGACAAAGUCAAAUGAGAGUCUGCCAGCAUCACAAGCAAAAAAAUCACCAGCAAGAAGUACAUUUCAGAUGACACUAAGGUCACCUGAAAGAUGCCUUAAAGAUCAACCUUGUAUGCUGAAGUCAACCCAAGCUGCCCCGACAGCACCACAGCGAACUCCGACAUCAAAGGUGAAAGAGUCCAUGGGAACUCCAACAAGACGACAAACAAAAGAGAUCUCAAGUGCAUGCUGGGUACAGCUAGAAAGGUUAUCUGUAGAGGAAAUCUGCAGUGCUCAAAGUGUCCUGCAACCAAAGCAUCACAGCACACCUGUCACUGUAAAACCCACUUCUAGAGGAAGCUCUGGUUUAGGAUCACAUGCUGAUGAGGAGCCACCCAUGCUGCCAGGAUACUCGCCAAGGGUUGUCCUUCAUCGUAUACCAUUAACAGCUACUAAUGAGAAAAUUUCUAUGCCUACUUCGUCCCCACCUACAGUUUUCACCUCACCCCCCCGAACACAGGCAGAGCUUCAGUCUCUUCAAAACAGCCCUCCCGUCUCUAGUCUGGAUGCUGAUAAGAAUCCUGAUCAAGUGUCUCACUUCUUACUGGAUGACAUCUUCACUGAAGUUGUGGAUCCGGAUUGAUUUUUAUUUGGGUUGUUUUUGAUUAAAUUUCACUGCUGCUAUUCCAGUUUGUUGCACUAAAGUGGAUGAUGUGUAAAACUGUCACACUGCUGAUUUUAGACCUGUUAGUAGUUGUAAUGCAGUUUCUCUAAUUCAGUUUUGUUCAUUAAGGGAAAACUUAAUAUAUAUUGUAUACAUUUCUGUAAUGAGGCCUUUUUUUGGUGAU